GAAUAUUUCUUGUUUAUUUUUUCAAUGUCAAUAACACUGCCGCAAAAAACCAAAAGAAUUAUUUAUUUAUUUACAAUGAAAAAUAACUUCAACAAUUUUACUAAUAAUAAUAAUAAUUCAAAUCGUAAUGUAAAAAUUGAAAACUUUUGGAGACUCGGAAAACGUGAUACAAACUUUAAGGUGAUGCUUGGUGGCAGCGCUGACCGGUUAUGCACGCCAAGCACGUCGGCUGGACCUUUCCGAAUAUUUGCUGUUUCUGGAUUUCAAAAUCGGACGAAUGAUAUUGUUUAUUGUCCACCAAUUAUACGACAAUCAACUCAAAAUGUGGAGGAUUCAACUGCGAUUGUCUAUUUUGGUGGGGAUGUUCAGGAUUUUCCCGAAAGCAUGGAGACAAAUAGAGACAGUAGGGGUUACAUGAAGUAUAAUCUAGAAAAUUCAGCUAUUUUAUUGCGGGAAGCUUUUCCCAAAUCGCACAUUAUUGUUAUACGUCCGGUAAGGAUGGAAUUCAAAACAUUUAGCUGCUUUGAUAAUUUUGUACGUGGAAAUAACGCUGGCGUACCAGACCAUACUCCUAUGAAUCAUGCACUCCAGCAUUUAGAAAGGCUUCUUCAAAAUCUUUCUCAACGUUUAAUUUCAAUACCCGAAAGUGAAAUUCUGGCACAAGUGACUGCGGCUGCAGCAGCAGCUGCUGCAGCUGUCUCAGCAACAACACCAACAACAACAACUUCGACAGCAGACAACACUUCACUGUCGAACAAUGAUAGUAGUCAAGAAAUGGACAUAGAUAUCUUGCAGGUACAAGAAAAUGUAACUGUUGACAGUGACGGUGCCAUGGUUUUUCCAUGCGGCAAUGACAGCAUUAAUGCUCCUCCAUGCACAAACGAUGAAACAUCACAAAAUACAAUUACCCCAUCAAUACUACAUGCGACUGCUGAUGCCCAAGAACAACCCGCAGCUUCGGCGAGUUUUAAUAAUGCAACUGGAGUUGCCAACGAAUGCCAUUUGCAAAACAGCCUUCUUCAAGCAUCCAUUGCACAUCACCAGCAACAGCAAAGGAAUCCUCUUUGGUGGCGAGAAAAUCUCAAUUUAGAUAAAUCAAAAUUAAUACUAAUUGGCUUUAGUAAAGGAUGUGUUGUGCUCAAUCAAUUUAUCUAUGAGUUCCAUUACUUAAAGACGCUGACUCCGGAUGAUAGCACAAUGAUUCGACUUUUGUCACGUAUUAAAGAUAUGUACUGGCUUGACGGUGGUCAUGGAGGUCAGAAAAAUACAUGGAUCACAUCAAGGAGUUUGCUAGAAACACUAACCAGAAUGGGUAUGAAUAUUCAUGUUCAUCUGACGCCAUACCAAGUGCAAGAUGACAGAAGACCAUGGAUACGAAAAGAAGAGAAAAUAUUCACUGAUAUGCUGCGCCGAUUGGGUGCUCCUAUAACCCGACGCCUACACUAUGAGAGUCAAACAGCCAACUUAAUGACACACUUUGAAGUCCUGCAAGCAUUUUGUCAACACAUUCACGAUUUCAGCCAACAGCAGCAACAUGACCAACAACAGCAACCACAUAUUCAUCACCAGCAACAACAUAAUGUAAACAAAAGUCUAGGAGAAAACUCCUUGGACGAAAAGUGACAACGACGACGUAUGAGUCUUAAAAAAUCUCCUAAAUCAUCAUCAUUUUAUACAACAACGGCGGGACAAGGUCUCCCUUCCACUUCGUUGGCAUCUUCUGCAUCACCAUCAUCGUCGUCGUCGUCAUCGUCAUCUUCUUCAUCUGUACAUAGUCAUCAAUAUAGGUCUAAGCGUAAGAUACAUAAAUUAUAUUAUACUCUUUGCGGUUAGUAUGUCAUGUUGUUUGUUUUUUUCUUUUUUUUUAAUAUGUCUUCUUUUUUUUACAAUUUUUUUCUAGAUUUUAAGCAAAUUGAAGUAUUAGUAUUAAAUGUGUUUGUACUUUUAAUUGUAUAUGUGUAUAUUUAGUGCUUUCUACUUAUAUAAAAACGCACUAAAUUUUCGUGUAUCAGAAACACUUAAGAUAUGUAAUUCUAAUACCAUAAUUAUUAACCGGUACUAGCAGUGCAAUAAAUUAUCGGUGUUUUAAACUUUUUGUAUUAGCAAGUCAAACAAAAAAUAGUGGUGAGUUUGAUCAUCUUUUAAAUAUUUUAGUUCCUUUUAAAAUGGCAUUUUUUACAAGAUUGAGUCCAAUUUCCAAACAUUUUUUAUCACAUAAAAAUAAAAAAAAAAAAACAAAUUAUU